AUGUAUGGUCCUCGUAGUCAGCUGGAAAGGUCUGGCAACAGCUGGGCUGAGGAACAUGGGUGCUCAACUGCCUGCCAACAGUCUGUUACCUCGACCCAGCCACAUGCCCCAGGCUUGGAGAGAGCAAGUUUUGCACACACCUUAGAAGACACAAUGAGGCGCGUGGUACGACAAAGCAAGUUCCGGCAUGUAUUUGGACAAGCGGUAAAAAAUGACCAGUGUUAUGAUGACAUCCGUGUUUCUCGAGUGACCUGGGAUAGUUCCUUUUGCGCUGUCAAUCCCAGAUUUGUUGCCAUAAUCAUUGAAGCAAGUGGGGGAGGUGCGUUCCUCGUGCUCCCUUUGCACAAGACUGGUCGAAUUGACAAAUCCUACCCUACAGUAUGUGGCCACACAGGACCAGUGCUUGACAUAGAUUGGUGCCCGCAUAAUGAUCAGGUCAUUGCCAGCGGUUCAGAGGAUUGCACGGUUAUGGUAUGGCAGAUUCCAGAAAGUGGACUCACCCUUUCCCUGACCGAACCCGUGGUGAUUUUAGAAGGCCACUCCAAGAGAGUUGGCAUCGUAGCCUGGCACCCGACAGCCCGUAACGUGCUUCUUAGUGCAGGCUGUGAUAAUGCCAUCAUCAUAUGGAACGUAGGGACGGGGGAAGCCCUGAUCAACUUGGACGAUAUGCAUUCGGACAUGAUUUACAAUGUAAGCUGGAACCGGAACGGCAGUCUCAUCUGCACGGCUUCCAAAGACAAGAAAGUGAGAGUAAUCGAUCCUAGGAAACAAGAGAUUGUUGCUGAGAAGGAGAAAGCGCACGAAGGAGCACGACCCAUGAGAGCCAUCUUUCUGGCUGAUGGCAAUGUCUUCACCACUGGUUUCAGCCGCAUGAGCGAGCGGCAGCUGGCUCUUUGGAACCCGAAAAAUAUGCAGGAACCAAUUGCUCUUCAUGAAAUGGACACUAGCAAUGGCGUGUUGCUGCCUUUCUAUGACCCUGACACCAGUAUCAUUUACUUAUGUGGAAAGGGUGACAGCAGUAUCCGCUAUUUUGAGAUCACAGAUGAAUCCCCGUAUGUCCACUACCUCAACACAUUCAGCAGCAAGGAGCCUCAGAGAGGGAUGGGUUACAUGCCCAAGAGGGGACUGGACGUUAACAAAUGUGAGAUUGCCAGAUUCUUUAAACUUCAUGAGAGGAAGUGUGAACCUAUUAUCAUGACUGUUCCCAGGAAGUCGGACCUUUUCCAAGAUGACCUGUAUCCUGACACAGCGGGGCCCGAAGCCGCGCUGGAGGCGGAGGAGUGGUUUGAGGGGAAGAACGCAGACCCGAUCCUCAUCUCCUUGAAGCAUGGAUACAUUCCAGGCAAAAACAGGGACCUCAAGGUGGUGAAGAAGAACAUUCUGGAUAGCAAGCCCACUGCAAACAAGAAGUGUGACCUGAUUAACGUCCCCAAGAAAACUGCAGACACCACCAGUGUGCAAAGUGAAGCCAAGUUGGAUGAGAUUUUAAAAGAGAUCAAAUCUAUAAAAGACACAAUCUGCAAUCAAGAUGAGCGCAUUUCCAAGUUAGAACAGCAGAUGGCGAAGAUAGCCGCCUGA